AUGUACAUAGGUUACGAACUUAUCGCCGACGCCUGUCGCCUUGAAGACGAUGCACAAGCUCUACUCGUCAAGUUUAAGAUUGAAGAGCACCGCUUGCUCAACUGGGGAAAGCUGGUUCAGCUAGACUACACAGAAGAGGAUCUGCUGCUCAACCAGUUAUCAAGAGGAAUGAUCAUGGAUAUCCUCCACCAGCAGCAGAAGUUACUCGCUUCAUUUGGUCGACUCAACAAAAGAUACGGAAAGUUGACUAAGCCUUUGCUACAAGAGCAGAAAGAGCAGUUCGUAAUCGACUCGAAUCGUCUACUGGAGAACGGCGGCAGCAUGUCUGAAGCUAGCACGCGCUCUGUCCAGUUCCCACCUGCCGAAGAUUUGGUGAUCAAAGCCCUUGACUGGCUGAAGAAGUCAAGAGACGUACCCAAGAGAAUCAGAUGGGCUUCAUGGGAUCACGAAAGAAUGGAGAAGUUGAUUGGGAAUCUCUCCGGCUUCAACGACAAAAUGCAUGAGGCCCUUGACAAGGCGCAGAUGGAGACGAUGCUCGACAUGCAGACAAGGUUCAACUACCAGAUUGUGUUGUUGAACAGGCAGAUGGAGAACAUGGUGCAGAUUUGGCAGUCAGACCGCAUCGAACAUCGCCCAUAUGGCAUGAUCACAGACCUUGACGACUCUGAGUACGACCUCGUCAAUGGCAUCACUACGCUUGGUAAUCGUAGCCUGACGCGGCUUGGCACGUUGGCACAGCAGAAGUUCGUUCAUCUCGCGAUCGAGGAUUCGCAAGACGUCAGUGAGGAGUACGGCAACUCCAUCGACCUCCCACAUCUUGCAGACAACAUUCGUGAGACUGAGCUCAAACUCAACGAAAUAUGGACAAAGAACGGGCAAACUUUCCCGGAUGAUGCUGAUGAAGGGGAGAGGACCGAGGCGUCUUACCGUGGAGCCCCAGUCUGGAUCGAAUGGAAGCCAAACGAAGUUGCUGGUCCAGGCCAGCCAGACGGCCAAGUUGACCCCAAAAUCCGCACACGAGUGCAGAAGCUCGCAGCCCUCCUGAAUCAGAACAACCGCAAAGUAACUUUUAGAGCACCGCACUGUCUCGGUUACUUCGUCGACCAGAGCGAAGACCAGUCACGCUUCGGUCUCGUCUUCGAGAAGCCCGCUUCCGUCCCACCCUCAACACCUCCCACCACACUCCGCACCAUGAUCGAAGACACCAGCGCCGAGAUCCCCUCCCUAACCGACCGCAUCAAUUUAAUGCGCCUCCUCGCCGAGACCCUCGAGCGCCUCCACGCCGUCGACUGGCUCCACAAAGGCCUCCGAUCCGCCAACAUCCUCUUCUUCCAGCACACAAACCGCAAAACCGGAGCUCUCGAAAUCAACUACUCGGACCCAUACAUCUCCGGCUUCGAUUACAGCCGCCCAGCUACCAACGACGACAUGACCGAGCGUCCCACCGACAACCCGCGCGCAGACAUUUAUCGCCACCCGCACGUCCAAAGCACGGGAAACCGCGAGGAAUCUUCCUCUGGUCGUGAGAGUUACAAGAAGUCGUAUGACAUCUACUCCCUCGGUGUCGUACUACUUGAAAUUGCGUACUGGAAGACUAUCGAUCAGAUUCUGGGAAUCGAUCUUGUGACGGCUAGGCCGAAGCAGACGUGGCCGGUUAUGGAGAGGUUGGUUAGGAAGGAGCCGCGGCAUUUGGCGUUUGUGAAGAGCUAUCUGGGAAAUACGGUGGAGGGGGUGAUUCGGGCGUGUCUCGAAGGGCCUGAGGCGUUUGGGUUGGCGAGGGAGGCGGAUGAGCGGAGGGGCGUUGUUGCGGCAGCGUUGCAGAGGGGGUUUGGGGAGCUGGUUGUUAGGAAGUUGGGUGGGAUGAAGGGGAUAUAG